AUGGAGGAGACCCCGAGCCAAACCUCGGAGGCCAACGCCACCAAGGCCGUCAAGGACAAGAACUGCCCUUUCUGCCAGCAAGCUUUCACCUCUUCGUCGCUGGGGCGUCACCUUGAUCUCUACAUUAGGGACAAGAACCCGAAGGCCCCAGAUGGAGUUCACGAUGUAGACGCCAUCCGCAAAAUUAGGCAAAACAUCACGCGACGGCAGCCCAAAGGCACAGUGUCUCGACGGGCUACUUCGGCUUCCGUCACACCCAUCACCUCAGCGAGGAAGAGUCCCGUUUCCGGCGAUGCCGAAUCCACCUCCACCAAAUCACCACUUUCGCAAAGGGACAUAUCCCAAAGCGGGACAGGGCUGGGAAGCAAAUACCCGUUCAAGCCUCGGUGGGAGGCAACUGGUGUCAUCAAUGAGCUUGGUCUGCCAGAAGGCGGUGUGGCCGGGGAAGCGGACCAGGAUGAUCUGAACCGAGGCACAAGAGCUGGGGCAUCCCAACGGUCGGUGAGCCGGCAAUCGCUAAAGCAGCAACUCGAGAUGAGACAGCAGAUCCAGGAUGCGGAAGACAAGUCCAGGGCGGCCGAGUUGGCUCUGAGGGAGGUGCUCGGCUCAUUGAGAGCCGCCAAACAAAAAGUCGAUUUGGACUCGACUCCCUUCGAUUUCGACCCCUUCUCGCUGGACUUCCCGGCCUUGACGCUGCAAUGCUUGGAGACGCCCCCGACGCUCUUUGCCUCCACGCAGCACCCAACACCAACCUCCUGGUCUAUCCUACCGCCAGGGCCGAGCCAGCUUGAGGCACUUCAUGCGUACUUCCAGCUCGAGUUUAGGCGGUGGAAGAUUGCGUGCAAAGCCGCCACCACCGCCAUCAAUGAGGAGCUGACCUAUCCUCCCUCCUUGGGCGUCAUGAAGACGGACUCCGAGGCGGAUGUCUUGCGGGCAGAAAAGGCGGCCGAGCAAAUGGAGAAGCAUGUGUAUGACCACUUGGGGGCCACGUACUCGAUCUGGAACAGUCUUGCGCAGGAGCAGCGUGAUGAACUCUGGCGAUUGGAGCUGGCGCGUGGGGUCGGCAGGAAACGGAGGGAAAUCGAGAAACUGAAACAAGGGCAACAACUACUCCGCCAAGAGAACUCGCACCUCAAAGCUCAGAUUGAGCAGCUGACUCGCCUCCAGCAGCCGCGCGAGUUCAAGAUUGCGCCGCCUUCGACUGUUUACGUCGACGAGAAGCUGAUGACGCACAUGUUAGAAGAGGCGACAGGCAACAAGAAGCCCCUUGUCGGCUGCAACAUUACCGACCGCCACACGGACCUGAGUACCGUCGUGUCGUCGGUCAUCGACCGGUGGAGGAAUGUGAUCGUGUCGACGCGCUCGGCAAGCAGCGGUCUUCAAGCACAGCGUUCGCUCGACGCUGGGCCGAGCCCCCGGGGGUCGAUCGGGGAUCUGUCCCCUACGUCCCAUCAACGGGGCCUGCAGCUGCCCCAGCGCUCUUUCUCUGCGCGCAGGAGUUACCCAGCCUCGCGGCAGCUCUCAAUCGCCAGCAUCCAUGGAUCAAGCUAUCCUGCCUCGGCCGUAGCCUCACCGACGUCGGCUCUUACUCCGCGAAUCCCAAUGACGCCAGCCAUCGUCAGCGCGGCGCCCUCGAUCAGCAUUAACGCCGACGAUGAGGACGAAGCCAUGAGUGACCAAAACGCGGAGUCGGAUGCUGAAGCGGACCCUGGCAUCGAAGCCGGAAUAAAUCCUGACGGGAGCAGCGCAGCAGGGGCACUUGAUGUUGAUGCCGACGCUGUUGCUGAUGUUGAUGCAGAUGCGGAUGGAGAUGCCGACGUCGAUGUGGACGUAGACGUUGAUGUGGAUGUGGAUGCGGACGCGGAUGCGGAUGCAGAUAUGGACGACGGACCGAGCUAUACCGACGCUCAACUUCACUCCAUGCAGCCUCUUCAGGCCGAACAACUCCAACACCAGCAGCUUCCUAUGCACCAGGUUGUGCCAAUGAUGCUGCCAGUGCAGCAGAUGAGUCAGUUGGAGGUGUCACGGACGCGCCAACAGAUGGGCGGCGGAAGACGCAGUAAUACGGACGACGGCACAGCUGGUUUUGUAGGGCAUGUCCAGGGCCAGGCGCCGGGACGGGGCCGCAUGCCAAGCUGGGCGUAA